AUGGCGGCGACCACAGACGUUCUGAAAGUGUCUAUCCUCGGGAAAGAGUCCAUCCACUGCGGAUUCCACCUGAUCCCGUACAUCGCCCACACGGUCAUCGCGACGCUGCCCUCGUCGACCUAUGUCCUCAUCACCGACACGAACGUGGCCAACUUCCACCUCGAGGAGUUCGAGCGCGAGUUCAACGCCGCGCUCGCCGGUACUGCCAACGGCGGCUCGGCGUCGAGCGCGCGGUUCCUGAGCCUCGUCAUCUCGCCUGGGGAGACGUCCAAGAGCCGCGAGGGCAAGGCGCACAUCGAGGACUUCCUCCUCGCCAACAGGUGUACGCGGGAUAGCGUCAUUUUGGCGCUGGGCGGGGGCGUCAUUGGCGAUCUUGUGGGCUUUGUCGCUGCGACUUUUAUGAGAGGCGUCCGAUUUGUGCAGAUUCCGACUACGUUGCUCGCGAUGGUGGAUUCUAGUGUUGGCGGGAAGACGGCGAUUGACACGCCGCAUGGAAAGAACCUCAUCGGAGCGUUUUGGCAGCCUGAAUACAUUUUCAUUGAUGCUGCCUUCUUGGAGACGCUCCCCCCGCGCGAGUUCUCAAAUGGUAUGGCUGAAGUUGUCAAGACCGCCGCUAUCUGGAACGAAGAUGAAUUCAUCUCGCUCGAAUCGCGCUCUGCCGAAAUCUUCGCUGCGAUCCAGACGCCGUCGGCGAACCACGCAGGCCGCGCGCAGAGCACACGCUCAGCGGCGCAGGAGCUGCUUUUGUCGGUCAUUGUCAGCUCCAUCUCCGUCAAAGCGCACAUCGUCACAAUCGACGAACGCGAGACGGGCCUGCGCAACCUCGUCAACUUUGGGCACACCAUCGGGCACGCGAUCGAGGCGGUCCUCACGCCCACGAUCCUGCACGGCGAGUGCGUGAGUGUUGGCAUGAUACUUGAGGCGGAGGUGUCGCGGCAGAUGGGCGUCCUGAGCCAGGUCGGCGUCGGGCGUCUCACGCGCUGUUUGAAGGCGUACAACCUCCCUGUGACUCUCGCGGACCCGCGCAUCGCGAGUCUACCGGCUGCGAAGCAGUUGACGGUCGACCGCCUACUGGAUAUUAUGCGCAUCGACAAGAAGAACAGCGGGCCGGAGAAGAAGGUUGUCAUUCUGUCGCGGAUCGGCGCGACGUAUGAGCAGAAGGCGACGGUGGUGCGCGAUGCGGUGAUUGCGAAGACACUGGCGGAGGCGGCGCGGGUUAUUCCUAGUGUGCCGAUGAACCACCCGGUCAAGAUGGCGACCCCGGGAUCGAAGAGUAUUUCGAAUCGUGUGCUGGUCCUUGCGGCACUUGGGAAGGGAACAUGCAGGUUGAGGAACUUGUUGCAUUCUGAUGAUACGCAAGUUAUGAUGGCUGCUUUGAACGAGCUCAAGGGGGCCAAAUUUUCAUGGGAAGAUGGAGGAGAGACUCUAGUUGUUGAAGGUGGCCAAGGUUCCCUCACUGUACCUCCUAGAGGCAAAGAGCUCUACUUGGGGAACGCUGGAACGGCCGCUCGUUUCUUGACCACCGUGUGCACCCUCGUUCAAAAGACACCUGGAGUGGCUGCCGAGACUACAAUCAUUACUGGUAAUGCCAGAAUGAAGCAACGCCCUAUCGGCCCUUUGGUGACUGCGCUGCGCGCAAAUGGCAGCAACAUUGAUUUCCUUGAAUCGGCAGGAUGCUUACCCCUAGCGAUUGCCCCUCAAGGUUUGAAAGGUGGAACGAUCCAGCUCGCAGCCAGCGUCUCGAGUCAAUACGUGUCUUCCAUUCUCCUCUGCGCUCCAUACGCAUCAAACCCAGUCACACUCGAGCUCACGGGCGGACAGGUUAUCUCCCAGCCGUACAUCGACAUGACCAUCGCGAUGAUGGCAACGUUUGGCAUUCACGUCGUGCGCCGGAAAGAUGGAGCAACAGGCCGGCUGCUUGACGUGUAUGACAUCCCGACGGGGACAUACGUCAAUCCCGCGGAGUACAACAUCGAGUCCGACGCGAGUAGCGCGACGUAUCCGCUGGCGAUUGCAGCUAUCACAGGCACGUCGUGCACGAUCCAGAAUAUCGGAUCAGCGUCAUUGCAGGGCGAUGCCAAGUUUGCAAAGGAGAUUUUGGAGGUGAUGGGAUGCAAAGUUGUGCAGACGGAGACGGAGACUACUGUGCAAGGACCGCCGAUUGGACAUUUGAAGGCGAUUGAGGAGGUGGAUAUGACGGAGAUGACGGAUGCGUUUUUGACGGCCACUGUGCUUGCCGCUGUUGCUUCGGGCAAGACGAGGAUUUUGGGAAUUGCCAAUCAGCGCGUGAAGGAGUGUAAUAGGAUUAGGGCGAUGAUGGAUGAACUUGCUAAAUUCGGAGUUGAGACCAUCGAGCUCGAUGAUGGACUCGAGAUCAUUGGGAAACCAAUCUCUGAGCUCAAGAGUGGCGUCAGCGUGCACUGCUAUGAUGACCAUCGUGUUGCUAUGGCCUUUAGCGUUCUUAGCACUGUCAUUGCGGAAACGAUUAUCGAGGAGAAGCGAUGCGUUGAGAAAACGUGGCCCAACUGGUGGGACGACCUCGAAAACAAGAUUGGAAUCAAAGUUGAAGGCGUUCAACUGGACCACACAGCUUUUGAAGGCUCGGCUAGCGGCACCAGCGCCCAUGACGCUGCCGCAUCUGUCGUCCUCAUCGGCAUGCGAGGAACGGGAAAGACUUACAUUGGAAAUCUUGCUGCGACCGCGCUGGGAUGGCCCUGCGUCGACGCUGACGCUUUCUUUGAGGAAAAGCAUCAAAUGGGUGUCCGUGAAUUUGUCCAUCAAAAGGGGUGGGAGGCGUUCCGCGAGGCUGAAAAUGCGACGUUGCAGCAGCUUCUCAAGGAGAAGUCGACGGGAUACAUUAUCAGCCUUGGAGGCGGCAUCGUGGAGACACCAGAGGCGCGCGAGCAGCUGAAGCAAUACGCUGCAUCCAAGGGCCCUGUUGUCCAUGUUGUCCGGCCUAUUGAGGAUAUCAUUACCUACCUCAAUGCUGAGUCUGCGCGUCCUGCGUAUGACGAGCCGAUCAGCAACGUCUUCCGCCGCCGCGAGCCGUGGUUCGAUGAGUGCUGCAAUUAUAUCUUCUACAACCACAUCGACACGGACGACUCGGCGGGGGUUCAGGGCACUUUCAACGAGGUGUCGCGCUUCUUCAAGCAUAUUUCGGGACAGCAGCCAAACCUUGCGGCCAACCUCAACCCUCAUGACCGCUCCUACUUUUUGUCGCUCACUUAUCCCGAUAUCAAGCAGGCGUAUCCUCACAUUGAGGAGUUGACGCAGGGUGUUGAUGCGCUGGAGCUGAGGGUUGAUUUGUUGAAAUCUGCCAAAGACUAUGAGAACCUUGGCGAUUCCAUCCCCUCUUUGUCGUAUGUCCAAGAACAGGUCGCUGCUCUCCGCCGCGUUUCGUCUUUGCCCAUUGUCUUUACCGUGCGCACCAAGUCGCAGGGAGGCGCGUUCCCAGAUGCGGCGCAGAAGGAGUCUAUUGCGCUUCUUCGCCUAGCGCUGCAGAUGGGUGUUGAGUAUAUCGAUGCGGAGAUCACGCUUCCUGAGAAGCAACUCAAGGAGCUCGCGGCACGUAAAGGCAAUUCGCAAAUCAUCGCAUCGUGGCACGACUGGAGCGGCGCGCUCAAGUGGGACGGUCCACUGGUGAAGGAGAAAUACCAACUUGCGAGCCAGCUUGGUGAUAUCGUCAAGCUCGUGGGCAAGGCCACGUCGAUCAAAGAUAACUUUGCGCUGUACGAGUUUGUUUCCUCGGUGAAGAGCCAGCCAGGCGCGAAGCCGAUCAUCGCAAUCAACAUGGGCGUGGAGGGGCAGAUGUCGCGCGUACUGAACGCGACGUUCAGUCCCGUGUCCCACCCUCUUCUACCAAACAAGGCCGCGCCGGGCCAGCUCUCUUUCCGCCAGAUCCAGCAUGCGCUGCAUCUUCUCGGACUCUUACCCUCGCGCCAGUUUUACCUGUUUGGAAACCCGAUUAAGCAGAGUAUGUCGCCUACGCUGCAUAACACGGGAUUUGAGGUACUGGGGUUGCCGCAUCGGUAUGAACUGAUGCAGACGGAGGAGGUGGGCGAAGAGAUCAAGCUGGCUAUGACGGCGCCUGGGUUUGGAGGCGCGUCGGUGACAAUCCCGUUCAAGCUUGAGGUGAUGGGGCUGCUAGACAGGCUGACACCUGCCGCGCAGCGAAUUGGCGCUGUGAACACGGUCAUCCCACAACGCGUGCAGGGUAAGGAGGGUAAAGAGGAGAGCGUGGUGCUGGUUGGAGACAACACAGAUUGGAUUGGGAUCCAGCGGUGUGUGCGCGCCAAGUUGGAGUCAAGCAAUGUGAAGGCCGCGUUGGUGAUUGGUGCUGGUGGUACGGCGCGCGCGGCGAUUUAUGCGCUGUUGGCGCUUGGUGCGGAGGUGGUGUAUUUGUACAACAGGACGAGCGGCAAGGCGGAGGAGCUGGCGGCAGUGUUUGGAGAUGGCGAGGCGGAGGGUAAAGUUAAAGUGUUGAAGAGGCUGGGUGAAUGGGUGCAGGAGUAUGGCGCGCCGAAUGUGAUUGUGUCGACUGUGCCUGCCUCUGCUACCACCACGGAUGCUGCUGCUCAGGGGGGACUGCUCUUGGAGGCGAAUUUGUUCGAGUACAAGGCUGGUCCUGCUGUUGUCGUUGAUAUGGCGUACAGGCCAGCGGAGACACCUUUGUUGCAGUUGGCUAAAGGGGCUGCAGGGGGUGGUGGUGGACAGUGGGCGGUUGUUCCGGGAUUGGAGGUGCUUUUGGAACAGGGGUAUGAGCAGUUUAGGUUGUGGACUGGACGGGAGUGUCCAAGGACGGUGGUGGCAGAGAAGGUAUGGGCUGGGUAUAAUGCUGCUGCAUGA